AUGAUUGUGGACAUAGCCCUCGAUGGAAAUGGCAAGCAAAUAUACCAGGUCCACGAGUCCAGCAAGUUUGUUCGAAGAGAAAUGCCUAGAUCCACCAAAUUUAACAGUUCUACCACAGACCUACUUGAUGAACUCGACGAAGAAAAAACUCCCAUCCGCAAGAUUUUGGGGACCAUUAGUCCUAGCACCUUGAACCAAAAGAAAGUCAGUGAUGACGACUCGGGUGAGGAUUCGAGUGUUACAGAACCCGAAAGUGCCACUAGACACGGGUCUAUGGGGAAUAUGCUUUUCCCAGACGAAGGGGAUGAGUACUCUGGUGACCUUCUCGACAAGAACAAGGACAUCUGGUCGGACGAUGUGGAAUUGGCGUUUGAAGAGGUGUUGUCGAUCAUUCCCAAGAAUGGCCUCAAUAAGAUCAAAAUCAGUGGACGAUCCUGUGGCCGAAAUGAGUUGAUCAGUGACUAUAUCUUAACCAAAACUGGCAAGUACCGUACCAGAAAACAGGUCUCAAGUCACAUACAGGUAAUCAAGAAUUUGGGCAAACGACUCGAUGUCAUCAAGUUGAUAAACGAAGGACCUUCAUUUAAAGACGACAAGGAGCAGAUGGAGAACACCAAGAAGUUCGAGGAGAUAUUUCUGCAAAUCAACCUCAACAAGUCGUUGGGUUUCAACAAGGCCCCCAAGAGGCAAUAUUCUAACUCUGAGCCGGCUCACGGUGGGAAGAAACUUAAGUCCAAACCACAUCCCUUGCAAUUGUCGACCAUGAACUUGAUGAUUGAAAACUUCUACAUGUCGAUUUAUGACUCCAUGCUCAAUAACCCGAUAAUAUUAUCCUUACAUGAUAACCAGGAGAUCACCAGCUUGAAGUUGAAGCCAAAUGCCAACAUCUCCAAUAGGUUUCCGGAGCUCAUUAGCAUGAACAAUUUGAACUUACCGAUUUUGCACAACUUGGUGAGAAUCCAGUUACCUACCAACUUUCCUCUCAACUACUCGAUUGGCCAGGGAUUGAAGACCAACUUGUUCAUUAGAGGACCCGCUGGACUGGAAGAGAAGCAGUACUCGAUGUUCACGAUCAUUUACAACUAUGGGAAAGACUUUUUCAAAAUCAACGAAAACCAUAUCAAGUUGAACGAUAACUACGACUUCUUGAACAAGUUUUGGAAAUUUUUCCUCGACAACGAAAUGAAUUCCAACAUCAACACCAUCAAUCACUUGACCAUCAAGCAAAUUCUCUACGAGGAUGAUCCCGUCACUAAGGACGAAAAUAUGGCUGGCCACAAUACCAUUUUGAAAAUUCCCAAACGGAAAAUCAAACACAUCUUCUUGUGGGAGUUCGUCAAGGUGAACGACCUCAAGGAUGCUGUUACCACCACCUCACGAUUGUUGCUUCCUGACACAGUGGAUGACCAGGUUUUUCCUCAGGUGGUUACAUUUAACUCCAACUAUUACGACCCGGCAGGCCCUAGUACAGGUACUACCGCCGACUCCAAUCCCUUCACCAACCCAUCGUAUGUUUCGUCCGCCCAAACAGACUUUGGUGCCAUGGACUAUAAACUCAAGCGAGAGAAUCCUGAUGAAGACCUAGGCUUGAACACCAUGAGCUUGAACCCUCUGAUGCCGUUGGCAAUGGUCACUCUGUCGCCGCUCCCACCUGCUCCUGUGCCGGUCUCUGGCCCCAUGCCCGUCCCACACGGUGCCGGCUCUGCUGCACACUCUCAGGGUUUAGGAGGCCCAAUGUAUUCGCAGCCAAUGCAAAUGCCCAUGGGUGCAAAUUUCCAGCAUCUAGACUACGACUACCAAUUUCUCUACGGAGAACCCCCGUACCCAGGUCACCAAUAAACCGAAGACAUGCUUGCCCAGUCCCAUAGCGAAUCUAUUCAAUUCUUCUGUAUAGGAGUCAGAGAAAAGGUAGUGGUCACGUGACGAGAUUUUUCCCGAGUCACCGCCGCACCUGACUCUGUGCGCAUUAAUAUAAAAUCUCAUCUAUCUA